AGAGUGGCGAGCGGGGGCGGCGGAAGCAGCGCAGACAGUCUUCGUCGCUCGAAGCGCCCCACACUUCAUGAGACAGAGCCGGAGGGCGAAGCGAUGCAAAAGAAACAUGGCUUCACUGCUGGAGAGCAUCGCAAUGGGAGUGUACAGAAGAACGGUAGCACCGGCCAGCUGUCCGACGUACCCGAAGGAAAAGCUGGUGACCUGCUGGCGCCACCCGCACCAGAUGCGGGCGACUCUACGCACCUCGAGAGAAGGGUGGGACUCUUCUCUGGGACUGCUCUAAUCGUCGGCACAAUGAUCGGGUCUGGGAUAUUUGUAUCCCCGAAGGGUGUGCUGGAGCGCACCGGAUCCGUUGGACUCUCCCUCGUCGUGUGGGCAGGAUGUGGCGUCCUGUCCAUGCUUGGUGCGCUGGCGUACGCCGAGCUGGGCACGUUGAUCCCGUCGUCUGGCGCCGAGUACGUCUACCUGCUGGUGGGGCUGGGCCCACUGCCGGCUUUCGUCUUCUCCUGGGUCUGCUCGUUCGUGCUCAAGCCCAGCAUGCUGGCCAUCAUCUGCCUGUCGUUCGCCGAGUAUCUGGUCGAGGCGUUCGUCGAGGAGUGCGAGCCGCCGGCCCACGUUGUGACGCUCGUCGGGAUUCUCACCAUCGGGGUCAUCACCUUCAUCAACUGCUUUAGCGUCAGGCUGGCCACCAAGGUGCAGAACGUCUUCACGGCCGCUAAGCUGUUCGCUAUCGGCAUUAUCGUGAUCGGGGGAAUGUACUCGCUGGCCGAAGGCAACACGCAGUACCUGCGUCAGGGUUUCCAGCACACCACCACUUCGGUCAGUGAUGUGGCCACGGCCUUCUACAGCGGCUUGUGGGCCUACGACGGCUGGAACAACCUCAACUACGUCACCGAGGAGAUCAAAAACCCUUCCAGGAACCUGCCGCUAGCCAUCAUCAUCGGCCUGCCGCUGGUGACUGCCUGCUACCUGCUGGUCAACAUUUCCUACCUGGCCGUCAUGUCGCCGGUGGAGCUGCUGCAGUCUGACGCCGUGGCUGUGACGUUCGGGAACCGCAUACUGGGUGUUAUGUCCUGGCUGAUGCCACUGGCUGUCACAUUGUCCACCUUCGGCGCUGCCAACGGCACCUGCUUCACCUCGGGAAGGCUGUGCUACGCCGCCGCCAGACAAGGUCACCUUGUGGACGUGCUCAGCUUCGUACAUGUCCGACGUCUAACGCCAUCUCCCGCCCUCAUCUUCAACGCCAUCAUCGCCAUCGCCAUGAUCGCGGCCGGCGACAUUGGCAGCCUGAUCGACUUCUUCAGCUUCACCGUCUGGAUCUUCUACGGCAUGGCCAUGCUGGCGCUCAUCAUGAUGCGCAGGACCAAGCCCGACGCGCCCAGGCCCUACAAGGUGCCGAUCGUGAUUCCGUGGCUGGUGCUCUUCAUGUCCGUGUACUUGGUGGUGGGCCCGAUCAUCGACGCGCCGCAGAUCGAGUACCUGUACGCGCUGGCGUUCGUGCUGGCCGGCCCGCUCGUCUACAUACCGUUCGUCCACUACAAGUGGACGCCGGGCUUCAUCCACAAGAUCACCCUGUUCCUGCAAAAGCUGUUUGAGGUCGUGCCGACCAGCUACGACGACUAGUUGGUUGCGGGUCUGCCACAUGGGCAGCGGAGGACUCAAAAAUGCCACUGCAUGAGCCACCUCCGCAUGGUCGCGCGCCAUCUGCGACGGCUGGGGUUCGGAAACGACCCUCAUCAAGACUUGACGCAGACCAGAGGCUGUGUCCUGUGUCCUCUGAGAUUUCGACCGGCAGGUCCUGAUCACAGCAGCUCGCUUGACGGCCGGCUGGCUGCGGAGGAUGACUGGUGGUAGCGCACGUGACGUUAGCGGGCUAAUGCCGGCUGAGGCCGGGUGCAUCAAGAGCGGCACUCCGAUUCGGGCGGGCGUCUUUCGUUGCCGCGCGGUGUCCCGGCCGUGUCUUUGGUGGUAAAGUGGCUCUCAGUUUGCCCAGAAACCAUUUGGGCUACAGCUGCCUGUCUUUAGUGGGAGAAAAGGAAUGCCUCGUUUUGUCUUGUGCGGACGGCUGUUAAUCAUCAUGGCGUUUCGAAACGCAUGACCGUCAACGGCAAGCAUCUGCAUCUAUGUGAACACUGUAUGUACAUCACAUGUACUCCUCUAGCUUUGAAGCUCACCGAUUCAACCGCAAAAUUCCCCUCACAAAAGCGGGCCCGGAGACACCGUGCCACAUCUGAGGAGGCCUUUCGUGCUGACAUCGCGCUCAAAACAGACGCGGUCUUAUCAUUCCGAGAUGGUCUUGACCUCGGCGCCAGUGGCCUCCAGCUGUCAGGGGUUCGGUGGGGUCCGCGGCGCCGCGCCACGGCCCAGGCAGACCCCGGCCCCGCCCUCCAAGCCGCAUCAGUGAUCCUUCUACACACACCCACUAACGAAAU